AUGGAAGGAGAUAAAACUAUCCUAAGAGUUAUCCAGGACCUCAAAAAAGUCAUCUCUGCUAUCCUUCACAGAUACGGGGAACAAGAACAAGCAGUAACAGAUGCCAGUGCUGAGCUACAUGGACUCUGUGGUUACCUGGAGUUCUUGCUACAGUUUGAUCAGAAAGAUCGAAGAAGGUUCCUGGGACCCCGGAAAGAUUACUGGGACUUCCUUUCGCUGGCCUUGCAGAAGAAUGGGGGGGACUUGGAAGUCAUUCGACUUGUCUACUCCCUGGACAAGCUGAAGACCACGGUGGGGAGAGGUCGUGCAUUCAUCCGUUUCUGUCUGGCCCAUAAUCAGUUGGCCGACACACUACAACUCUGCCUCCUGGACCCUGAACUCAACAGGGAAUGGUACGGGAACCAAAGCCCCUUCCUGUGUCCAGAGCUCAGCAAUGGCAUCCUAGAAGCGCUCUACUUUCUGAAUGGAGUGACUUUUGAUCUCGAGUUGCAGCGCUGUGAUCUCGACGGGGGCUGGCCUAUGUUCUCAGAGUCACGAUGCCAGGAUUUCAGCUUAACCCAGGAAAAGUUAAGGACCAAACGAUCACAAGAGGAGGAGGUCCAAGUUACACAUCUGAAAAACAAAGGAGUCCAGUCCAAGAAGACAUCAACCCUCUUUGCUGGCCAUGACCUCCAACACCAAGGAGAUGACCCCAAGGAGGUCUGCCUGGUGAGACCUAAUAAUGCUGAGAUACAAGAACCUCUGACAGAAAAGAAGGUAGAAAAUUCGGAAAGUAUCAUAAAUCAGGGGUCUCUUGAGGGAUCCAAAGGACUGGAAGUACUCCCACACCUAAGCUCCCUGCUGGAGGAAACAAAAAAGAUGCCCCAGGGACAGAACCCCAGCUUUCAUCAAAAACAACAAGGUCUCCCAGGAACCAGAAUACCCGGGCCCUCUCAGAUUAGGCAAGAGUCACAUCAAGAAAAAAUGCCUCCAAGAAAGGAAGAAAAAGUAUGGUUUCUAGGAGAAGAGUUCCCUGCGCCAAAGUGUGCACUUCCAAAGAAUCAAACACAGGUAGAUUUCAGUCUUGUAGAACAGGAAGAGGGGGGAAAGGUGUCUCCAAAGGCAGGACAAGUUAAGAAAGAACCAUCCAUCAGCACUGAGGAUAGAUGCGAACAGAUGGUACUAAGACCGAAAAUGCCAAAAGAUCCCCGGAAAGGAAAUAGAGACCAGAAAUGUGCUCCAAAGCAUCUGCCAAAUACCUUGGGGGAGAAGCUUAAGAAAGAAGAAUCAGGAUCCAGAAGGGGACCUGAGACCCAUGGAAUCCCAGAGGACUUCAAGAUCCUUCAAGAUCCGGGAACCAGGGAGAGGCACAAAAAUAAAAAGUCUCAAAAACAGAUGUCUGAUGAAGCAGGAGAGCAGGAGGAGAACCAAAAAGAUACUGAGCAUGUAAUCAAGAACCUCAAAGAAUGUCUACAGAAGGCUGAAGAACAGUCCCAGAAGAAGGAGAAGCUACUUAUGACGCUGGAGGAGAAAUUGAGAGAACUUCAAGAGCAGUUGUUCAGAUGCCAAGAGCAGCAGACCCAACUGAAGGUAGAGCUGGAGCAAAGACAACAGGAAGCUGAGAAGAGAGAAGACCAGUACCAACAAGAGCUCAAGGAGCAGCACGAGUUGGUCCAAGCCAUGAAGAGACGUAUGGUAGAACUGAUUCAGGAGAAAGACAGUCUUUGGCAGAAGACUGAGCUUCUCUCUUCCCUGGCCCCUGGGCUUUGUGCAGUCUGUAGCAAAAUUUUUGGCCGCCUAUCUAGAAGAUACAAAUGCAGAGGGCUCUGGAUUUCCACAGAAUCUGCGGAGGCCUUAUUUGCCAUGCUUGCUCGGUGGAUUACAAGAAGAAAGAACGAUGCUGUCGACCUUGUCACCAGAAGGGAGAAACCUAAGUCAAUUAAGUAA